AUGGCUAUAAUCAAUAUCUACUGCUAUGUCGUUUUUAUUAUUCUUAGCAUAACAGUUCAAAUAGAAUCUCAAAUAUGUGAGAAAACUGCUCAGUAUGGCCAGUGUUCGACAAACAAUGCUUGCGGCUGUUUUCAUAUGUUAGGUGCUAAUGAUGGUGUUGGCAUAUGUGGUUUUCUCUGGCCCACAUGCUCUCGGCUUGUACCAUGUAAUUCCUCAGACAACUCAUGUCUUCAAUCUAACACGAUCUGCGUUCAACAUCUACAAUGUGAUGAUCGUCCUCUUUGCUAUCCUGUUACAAUGAUGAAUGAAAACAUAUGUCCACCAAUGAUAAAUAAAAUGAAUCUUAAAUGGAAACUAGAUUUUUCUAUUGUUGCUGGAGGAAAUGGGUAUGGAAAUGACUUAAAUCAAGUUAGUUUAGUUCGAGGAAUCUGUAUUGAUGAUGAUAAACAGACGAUGUAUAUUACACAAUAUAAUAGUGAUCGAAUUGUUGGAUGGAAAUUCGGUGAAGAAAGUGGUGAAAUCGUUGCUGGUGGGAAUGGACAAGGAAAUGAUUUAGAUCAAUUGCAUAAUCCAUCAGAUGUAACUGUUGAUAAAAAAAAUGAUUUACUCAUUAUUUGUGAUCAAGGAAACGAACGAGUAGUACAAUGGUCUCGUCAAAACCAAAUAGAUCCAAGAAUAAUUAUUGCCGAAAUUCAAUGUAAUGGUGUAACAAUCGAUAAUAAUGGAGAUAUUUAUGUUUCAGAAGGAAAAACACAUAGUGUUGUACGAUUAAAACAAGGAGAAGCAGAGGUAACAACUGUAGCCGGUGGAAAUGGGUAUGGAUAUGAGCCAAACCAACUAAAUAAUCCGGCUUACAUUUUUGUUGAUGAACUAUAUUCGAUUUAUGUAUCUGAUCAUGAAUAUGGUCGUGUGACAAAAUGGAUGAAAAAUGCAAAAGAAGGAAUUAUUGUUGCUAAGGAACAAAUUCCAGAUGGUAAUAUACCACCGUCGUUUUAUUCACCUGGAAUGGCUGUCGAUCAUUUUGGUAAUGUAUAUGUAUCAGAACUUGACAACAAUCAAAUAGUGCACUGGUCAGAAGGGUCUGAAGAUGGUCACAUUGUUAUUAAUGGAGGGAAUUACGAACGACCGCCAUAUCUGUUCGCUGGGCCCGCAGCUAUAUCACUAGAUCGAGAAGGGAAUCUAUAUGUUGUUGAUAAUUUCUUUCAUCGAAUAGUGAAGUUUGAUGUUGAUGUUAACUGA